AUGUUGUCUGCAAUCAAGCUAUUAACUAACCGAUCAACGAUUUUUCAGACCAUCCUUCCUCCACUUUCGAAGAGACAGCUUAUCAAUGCCGCCAAUGUGCCACCUUCGGUGUGCCAGGAAGUCGGCAUGGAUAGCACCAGCACAAUGGAUUUAGGCGUCACUACCGAGGAGUGGUGCCGCAAGUCUACAGGAUGUGUGGAAGCAUCAGCUUAUCCCAUGGAAGUACAAACUGUGGAGAUAGAGGAGGUCAUUUAUUUGGAUGUGUCACUGAUAUAUGCAUAUUUCUGUCUCAAUUGCCUAAUCUACUAA